AUUGUCCGAAAAAAUGGGGGAGAAAAAACAAUGAUGCAGGAAAUUCCCACAGGAUGUGCUGUUAGCCGGAGCUGGAAGGUGCGGGCCACAAACAGCCUGUUGUUUCUGUCUGGGAGGAUGUGAGGAGACCCUCGACCAGCGACAUGAGCAGCGACAGGAGAAAAGCGGCCCGUGGGGGACAGUGAGGUGCGCGCGCACAACUCAGCAGCACAAUGGAAGUCUACCUCUGGUUGUUCCUGGCUGCAACGAGUGCGGUGACAGCCACCCACCAUCCACGCCAGCUCAGUCCAUGCCAAGUGGUUGACAUGGAUGUCUACUGUAAUGACAUGAACCUGAGAGCAAUCCCUGGUGAGCUGCCCACUGGGAUACACAAGUUGGACCUGUCCCAUAACCUUCUUCAGAACCUGACCCGAGAGCUAAUGCCUUUCUAUACCACUGUCAAUCACCUAAUUUUUCAUGCCAAUAAGAUACAAUUCAUACAACCUGGACUUUUCACAGACAUGGCCAACCUUCAAGUGCUGGAUCUCUCCAAGAACUACUUAGAUAUUUUUGCUGCGUCAAAGAAUGAAAUUGGGCCUCUUUUGACUGUGAAACAACUAGAUCUCUCUGGCAAUGGCUUGUACACAGGCAUGACUGACUAUUUUUUGCAUGAUGCCCCAACACUUUUAAACCUUUCGUUAGAUGGCAACAGCAUCACCAAAAUCAGUAAAGACACCUUCUCUGGUUCAACAGCUCUGAGAAAGAUCGAUCUGCAUAACAAUGUCAUUCUUGAGAUUGAGGAUGGAGCUUUUGAUUCUCUGCUGGACCUUUCCGAGCUUGAUUUGUCAAUGAACUCCAUAACAUGCAUCACUGACUUUAACCUUCCACAACUGAAGCUGCUGAACCUGAGUAAAAACAGCAUGGAGUCAUUUCAAACUACGGAUUCUGACACUGAGUAUGAGCUCCAGUAUCUUGAUCUCAGGGAAAACAAAAUCCACUACUUCCCUAUUGUCCCAAGAAGAAACAAACUAAUGUAUCUUGAUUUAUCUAGAAAUCUUUUGAGAGGCAUUAACACUAUACCCCCUGCAGAGGAACUGGAGUUAAUGAGUGACAGCAGAUUUCCAACUCAUCCCCAAACAGACCAUAAAAACAUACACAAUGAUUUGUCAAGGCUCCUGUACCUAGACAUGAGUUACAAUCAGAUUAAAAGCAUCCCUUCAUCUUUCUUCAACUACACCAGAUCUCUUGAGGUGCUUAACCUCAGCAACAACUGCCUGGAGGCUUUCUCUGUCAAUCACUUAAGUCCUUUAAACUCCCUGAAAAUCCUUGACCUCAGUUUCAAUGCCCUACAAAACCUGUCCUUUGGAGAAAACACACUUCAGUCUUUGGAGGAGCUCUAUCUGACAGCAAACAACCUCAGGGCCAUAGAUUCUGCCAUCUUCUACAGACUGCCCAGCAUUAGAGAACUCCACCUCCAGCAUAACUUUUUGAGGAUUUGUGGCCUCCUUCACAGGCCUCCCCAAAGAAGCCACCAUUUGCACUCAACAGAUUGCAUCAUUUUUUCAUCUGUCCACACCCUACGCUCCUUGUACCUCUCUGGAAACAGCAUAGAGUUUGUGCCACAGUGUGCCUUCCAUGGAAGCCCACUGGCUGUGUUGGAUUUGUCCCAGAACCCAGGGCUGAUCCUUCACAAAAAUGCCUUCACAGGCCUGGAGUCAUCGCUGACCUAUCUGUCGCUCAGGGGAAACGACCUGCAUGUGCUCAACACUGACCUCUUUGUCUUGAGCAGCCUCAGAGAUGUGGACCUGUCUGAUAACAAGCUGACAUCUCUCCCUUUGUGGAACAAGGAGUCUGCUAUUCAGUCCCUGAACCUCCAAAAUAACUGCCUUGUCAUCCUGGAGUAUAACACAAUGUUGGUGCUGGAGAGGACACUGAAGACCCUCUACCUGGGCUCUAACCCCCUCAGCUGCUGCACCAAUACCAGGUUCCUCCAAAUGGUCCAGAGGUCCACCGUGGAUAUCCCCGACAUUGCCUCGGUGACAUGCCAAUACACUCAAGACUCAGAACAGGUGGAGAUCAGUAUCACAAGUGUAUCACAAGAGCACUGCGAGAUGCUAAACAGGAAGAGUUUGAGCAUCAUCGUUAUCAUCAUCACAUCCCUAGUACUGAUUGCAGUCCUGGUCCUCCUCUCCAAGCUUUGCCAUCCCCGGCGACACAGGCUCAGAGGCAGCUUUAAGGCUUGAAGGGGAAGACAAACAACACUGUUUGCCAGAAAGAGGGAAAAAAUAUUGUUCUUUUAGAUAUUACAUUUACUUGCACUUUAAUUACUGUAAUUGUGAACAUUUCUGUUACUAAAUAUAGUUAUUGAAGACUGCAAAACAUGGGCAGGCAAGGUGAUGACAAGAUGCAAGCAUUAUGUGGUGAAAAGAUAAGACAAGCUGCCAAGUGGCACAAGUACUUCCCUCAACAAGACAUUAUAACACUGAUAUACAUUUUCAUUCAUUAAUUUCACAGAUGCUUUAUUCCAAAGCAACACAGAACUCAGAGUAAACGGAAGUGCAGUUCGGCAACAGUAAAACACCGUACUCAACAAAUAUUUUGUGGGUCAAACAAUAGAUACAAGACAAGUGUCUUUCCACCUUUCUGUGUGUAAUUCCUAUGGAACAAUCACUGCAAAAAUUAUUUUAUUGUUUUAAUUGCAGGAAAUGUCUUUGGUAGAGACAGGCUGCAGUCAGGCCAAAAGAGAGCUGACUCAGUACUUCCAGAGGAAGCUUUACUGUCAGAAUACCUGCAUAAAAAAAUGUGACAUGUUUUUGCAGCUUGUAGGGCACUGAAGAUACCUUUUCCUGUUGCUGACAGAGCACUGUGGGCUCAUUAACACAAGGUCUGCACGAAACGAUUAUGUGCAUUUGAAAAUGUGCAAUCCAGGAAUGUGGCUAAGUGUUCCCCACAAUUUUAGACUUACUGUUUUUCUUCGUACCACUUUCAUGGAAGCGUUGGUCAGAUGGUUUGGAGCUUCGGUCGAUUAAAUGAUUCCAUGUUUCCAUCAGAACAGAUCAGUCGGCUUUAGCUGCAGGAAACACAACGCUCGUUUUCAUGUGAAACCAAAGUCAUUCCAGUGACCCGUAAUUCCCUGUAUUUACGCGGUGUUAGGAAAACGGUGGAACAGCAUGAGAAGAACAAGUGUUACUUUGUGCUUCUUCACGAGAAAUUCAUCUGGGAUUUAUUCCUAAUCACUGUUUAAGUGGACUGUUGGCAGAAUUAUAACUUUAAUUACAUGUGGGGUUCUCAUUUAUGCAGUGCGGCUAGCAUGAUCAGUCAAAAGAGUGAAGUCUUGCAGUUACACAAGAAUUUGUUUUUUACAAAAUAUAUUGUUCCCCCCCCCCCCGCCCCAAAAGUUUGUCUUUUAUGGCUUUAUUUACCUGUCCCUUUCUCACAAUGCAUUGCUUCUAACCCUGAUGAGGAUAUAAGGCGGGAUUAACGAGGAACACUACAAGCAUUAAAAUAAAUGCCUGCAAUUAUGGAUAAAACCCAGCACUUGUUAAAACAAGUAGUCAUUUUUGAAGAUGAAAACAGUUUCCUUUCACCAUAAUGUGUGUAUGAAGUUAUUUGAAGUGCAUAUUUAUAUGCUGUACUUUUAAAUGUUUGUUGUAAAUUUGUAUGGUUUAUAUGACAAGAAUAUUUUUCGAGUCAGUAUUGCCAUAUUUUUGGUUUGUUUAAAUGAUAAAACAUUCUGUAUGAGGCCAGAUUGUCUCUGAAACACUUUUUUGAAAAGUAUUAAAAAAUUUUAGGCCACGACUGAAAGCACCAAAAUGGAAAGGGAUAAUCGCUAACAGAAGGAAGUGUAACCUUUUCUUUGUAUAUAUUUAUAGAUAUUUAUUUGGGAACCAAAUUACACUACAAUACCAUUUUGGUUCUUCUGUUACCUGUAAGGCAUGCUUAACUCCUAGUCUGUGUAUUAACACCUUUUUUCUCUGUUCACUCUGCCAAUGAGUCAAUCGUCAUACCUGAAACCAAGCUAUGUCUGGUUUCAAAUGUUAGUCAGUGUCAUUUUGCAAGCAAUAGAUUGUAAUCUACAGAAUCACGUGCCUGUAACACAGAUAGAUGCUUUACAUUUCUAAAAUGACCUUACUGGGAUCUUAUUUCCUCUCUGACUGAGUGUCUGUACCUUUGUGUUUUUAGUGGUUUGGCUUAUAACAAGCAUACGAAGGAAAUGUUUCUAUGAAGAAGUAUUUUUACAGAAAGCAAAUAUAUUUUGAGCUACUGUACUGGUAUAUUUAUAU